CGAAAUACGUGAUUAAUAUUGUUUCAAAAUGGGUAAUACGGAGAGUAAUGUCACUAGUGGUGUAAAAAAGCAAGCCGGUACAUCGUCACAGAAACUCUACAGAUUCAUUGAUCUCAAAGGCGGUGGUCUCCUCGUGGACAUGAUGAAACGUGCAGUGCAAAAUAAGCAGUAUGCUGAGAUAGACCAUGCUAUCAAGACUAAAGUGGAGCCCUUUCUUUACAACCGAGGCAAGGGCCGGUAUAUACCGAUAUCUCAUUUAGUACUGCUGAGGAACAAGGAAAGACCGCGGCAUAAACUGUUGCCUCCAUUACGAGGUAUGGAAAACCCAGACGAAGAGUUUGACGUCGAAAAGGAUUGGCCCGCGGUCACACAAGAGGAAUACGACGCUAACCCUUCUGCAUAUAGAGAGCUCUGUUGGGACCUAAAGGAGCGUGGUGCAGUGGGAGAAACAAUCCUUCACCUAUGUCUGCUGAACGCAACGUCACUUUUAGCAGAUUUGGCGAAGCGACUGCUGCGGUUUUAUCCGAAACUUAUCAACGAUAUCUAUAUGAGCGACGAAUAUUACGGUGAGAGUGUACUACACAUGACAAUAGUAAACGAGGACCCGACGAUGGUGAAGUUUCUCCUCGACGCUGGGGCAGACUAUCACGAGAGAUGCUUCGGAAACUUCAUGUGUCCUGAGGAUCAGAAGGCAUCUAGGACCGAUUCGUUUGACCACGAAUGGGUUAAUGUUCAGCCGGAUACUAAUUAUAAUGGGUACGUGUAUUGGGGAGAAUACCCGCUAAGUUUUGCUGCAUGUCUUGGCCAGGAGGAAUGUUACAGGCUGAUCUUAGCGAGAGGAGCUGAUCCAAACAAGCAGGACACUAAUGGAAAUACUGUUCUACAUAUGCUGAUCAUUUAUGAUAAAAUGAGCACUUUUGACAUGGCUUACGAAGUGGGAGCAUCUUUAAACAAUAAAAAUGUCCUACAUUUGACACCUCUGACCCUCGCUGCUAAGUUGGCGCGAGUCGAGCUUUUCUUUCACAUCCUCAAUAUCGAAAGGGAGAUAUACUGGCAAAUUGGUGCGACGACUUGCGCGGCGUAUCCUCUGGGCCAAGUGGAUACUAUCGAUACGGAAACUGGGAGGAUAAGCAAGGAUUCGGCAUUGAAUUUGGUAGUUUUUGGUGAGAAAGACGAACAUUUAGAACUAUUAGAAGGGAUGCUGAUCGAUCUUCUAAAGACGAAAUGGAACACGUUCGUAAAGUUUCGUUUCUACCGUCAAUUCAUCUUGUUUUCUUGCUACUUCCUGAUUUCUCUCGUGUGUUUCACCCUACGCCCUGGACCACCUGAUCGGCCGGUUAAUGGUACGGUGGUUAACAGUACUAUGGGACCUUUGACCAAUGAUACUGAAUUGGUGUCUGAAAUUGAAAACAAUUGCACUAUACCAAAAACUGGCGUGGAAUUCGACCCAGGAGACGUUGAGGUUUUUAACAGUACAAAGCCAGGAGGCGUCCAAUGCGGCAGUUUCAAAAGUCAUCCGAAAGAGAAAGAAAAACCUAGUACUGAAGCUCCCAGGGAAAAUGACAUGGAAGGUUGGUGGGAAGAUCUAACUGAGGAUUGCAGAUUGAUGAACUUUGAUUCAUGGCAAGCUAAGGUGCGAAUAAGCGCAGAGCUGAUGCUAUGGGUUGGCGCAUUGGCAUAUAUCGGGGCAGCGUUACGCGAAGCAAGAUUUCUGGGGCUCAAAAUGUUUUUUGAGAACUUGAGUACUGUUCCAUCGAGAGUGAUGUUCCUAUUCUCUUGCUUGCUGAUGGUGGCGUUGCCGACGCUCCGUCUGUGGUGCGCCGACGAAGAGGAAGACCACCUCGCAGUUAUUAUUAUGCUAACGACUGCGCCAUACUUUUUGUUUUUCUGUCGUGGAUUUAAAACUGUUGGACCAUUCGUUGUGAUGAUAUACAGAAUGGUAAUGGGUGAUCUUCUUCGGUUUGUUUGCAUUUAUCUCGUGUUUGUUAUGGGAUUUUCACAAGCCUAUUACGUAAUAUUUCUAUCAUUCGACAACCCAAACACACCAGAAGGCGUGGAUGAUUCGGUAUCCAAUCCUAUGCCUUCGCCGAUGGAGAGCAUAAUGGCCAUGUUCCUCAUGUCACUGACGUCAUUUUCUGAUUACUUUGGAGCGUUCGAGAGAACUGAUCAUGAAAUAGCAGCUAAGCUUUUAUUCGUAAUAUACAUGAUAAUAGUAGCAAUCCUACUCGUUAACAUGUUGAUCGCUAUGAUGGGUAACACUUACCAGAAGAUUGCCGAAACUCGAAACGAGUGGCAGAGGCAAUGGGCUAGAAUAGUACUAGUGGUAGAGAGGGGUGUACCGCCCGCUCAGAGGCUGAAGCAGUUGUUGGCUUAUAGUCAACCGAUGGCCAGUGGGAAGAGAGCUCUAGUCUUGAGAAUUAACCAAAAGGAUGAAGACAAGGAAGAAAUGAAGGAAAUCCUGGAAAUGAAGCGAACUCACGAGCGCAUAGUCGCUAAGAGGAAGCAGCGAGACGAGGAAUUGAAGGGGAUGAAGGGGAAACUGCCUCCACCACCUGUUAGGGAUUACCCUACCAAGAAAAAUCCGAAUGCUGUUAAAAAGCCAAGCAAAUUGAUUAUGUAGAACUGAUAAAGUGACAUAUUUAA